AUUCGUUAUUUUCAUUAAAAGAUCAAGAAAGAAACCAUAAUAUGAUGAAAUGUAGUUAAAUUAUUGGAGAAAAAUUAAAGUUUUCACUUAUUUACAAGUUUAUUAUAGCUAAAAUAUGAGGUAAUGAAAGGAAAAUUCUAAAUAAUUGACUAAGAUUACAUGUAAUUUAGGCAAGAAUGGGGCGGGGCGGUGCAUGUCAGGUCGAUGGGAGAGACGCGAAGGGUCUGACACUCAAUCAGAACCGCAAUGUACCGCACGUAUUACGGAAGCGAUGAGCCGCUUGGGCUUCCGAGGUGUGGGCGUGGCGUAUACCGUGAUUGACUGGGCAGAGAUGUGGGGUGAUCAGCCCGCGCCCAGUGACAACCUUCUUAGGGGGCCUGAUCACGCGUCCAUUUACGGGUAUCAGGACGUGCUGAGAAUAGUGCGUGGGUUAGGCUUGCCCCCCCAUUGGCAGUACGCGGUCCCGUCCGCGCGAAGUAUGGUUGGGAACUGUCCCGCGGGGUGGUUUGGGGUAUAUACCGAGUAUUGGGUGAUGGGGUUCAAAUUCCCCAUCGACCCCUUGCUCUGCGCCCUGUACCGGCGUCUCAAUUGUUCAGUUGGGCGCCUUUCUCCGUCGGUGAUAAUGCACGCGAGCUGCCUCCGUCUCGCGUGCAAGAGGCUUAAGAUCGAGCCGACUUACGGCUUGUUCCGUAAGUUUUAUAAGAUAAAGGAUCCUACGAGGAGGAGCGAUUGCCUUUCUAUCAAGCGGCGCGACAAGAGACCUGAGGGUUUCGUGUAUGGGUCUCCCAAGUUGAAAAAGACUUGGUUUGAGCGGUUCUUUUAUGUUAAACCGACUCCCGGGGAGUGGGCGAGCGAAUUUGUGGCGGAGCCGACGGAGUGGAAGAAGGGCGGCACGGUUGGGUAUGAGUCGGAUCUGGGGCAUUACGCUGAGCUCAAUGAUGAGUACGAAGCGUGCAUGCAUCAGAAGUUCAACUUAUACGAUGGCGGAGUUGUUUGAACCUAACUGAGUGUAGGAGUGAGGUUCACUGUAAUGGGUCAAGAAGAAUGAACGGCUUGGUUGAACAAGAACUAUGAGACGAAUGAGAGGAAAGAAAGAGUUGCGAGUCUAUAUUUUAGUGAGAUAAAGUGAUGAUCUUAGAGAUAGAGUCUGAAAAAUCCGAUCCCCUCACCCACCGGAGUAAAUGCCAUAUUUAUAGGCUACAUGGUGGUGGGUGAGGUACACAACGGUACAAUGAUGUGACUACCAUGGCGGGGUGACAUGACCUCUGACACGUCAUGGACCAAUACCAUAUCCCUAGGGACGACAAGACCCUCGGCCAUGACUAUACCUAGGACUAUGAUGUUGACUACUCUAGGGCUAUGAUGAUGACUACCCUUCGGGUGACGCGGCGCCGCUAUUACACUUCUCGUUGAGGGCCGUUUGGAGUUUACGCGCGAGCUUUCCAGGCCAUUCUCCGUACUCGCGCGCCAGUACUCGCGCGCCGGCUUUGGCGCGGUCGUCUUUGGCGCGAUCAUCCUUAGGUAUUUCCGAGUCACAUCCCCAACAUAACAUUUUACGUUUGAUUAAUCGUUACCGUCAAGUAGAAGAAGAGUGAGCUGUAUUUUAAAAAGGUUCUAGAGCUUCCCUCAUAAAUAGGUAUGGCAAUGGGCAGGUCUGGGACGGGUAUCUCGAUACCCAUACUCGCCCCGUGGCAGGUCGGGUCCAGGUCAGGUAAUUUAUCACGGGGCAGGUUGGGGGCAGGUCGACUCAAUGGGUAUAUAAUUUAUGUGAAAAAUAUUAGAAAUAUUCGUUAUUUUCAUUAAAAGAUCAAGAAAGAAACCAUAAUAUGAUGAAAUGUAGUUAAAUUAUUGGAGAAAAAUUAAAGUUUUCACUUAUUUACAAGUUUAUUAUAGCUAAAAUAUGAGGUAAUGAAAGGAAAAUUCUAAAUAAUUGACUAAGAUUACAUGUAAUUUAGGCAAGAAUGGGGCGGGGCGGUGCAUGUCAGGUCGAUGGGAGGUACCCAUGUCCGUUCCGCCCCGCGUACAGGACGGGUCGGACCACCUCAAAGCAGGUCAAACAGGUCAGGUAAAAUGAGUCAGGUCGAAAUUGCCAUCCCUGCUAUAAAUACAUAACAUAGGUAUGAUAUAUUCAUAUAUGUUGAGCAAAAUUUGAAAACGAUGGGAAUGACAGGCUAUUAGCCUUCAUCUCCUCCAAAUUUUUGCGUCGAAUCCUAAUAUGAUCUAGUCUUUUUUUUUUUUCAUUUUGAUUUCUCUAAAACUUGGUUCCACGUUUAUAUCUCACAAAAACUGCAAUAGUCGACGAGACUAUAUGAACAAUCUUUGUUAAUAAUUAUCCACUAUGAAGAAACUUUAACAGUGAGAUGCAACAAAGUGUAAUCAAAGCAGCACUCUUUGAGAAGUUCCGUAAGUACCAAAAUAUUUUUGCUUCUAAAGUUGAGGCCUUGGUUAUGAUAUUCACCCUUAGAAUAACGUAAAAAAUUUGUU